AUGUGCCGAGCUCUGAACAUCCUACUGGCUCUGCUGAGUCGCUUCCUGUUCGCUGUGCAUGGCAUAGUGACAGUGUGGCGUGUUGUAGCAGUGAAGGGCGAGCCCUGCUAUUGGCUGCUGCUGACGGGUGUGGCACUGCUGGGCGUGGAGAUGGCUGUCACCAUUAAAUGCACACGCAACGCGGAGUGGAAAUGGUUCUCUCCCAUGGUCUUCCUUUAUCUCAGCACUGUGAUUCCCUCUAUUUGGUUCCUGGAGCUGAACCUGCUGCAGUCCAAGCUGCCAAUCAACUCCUCCUCACCUGAUCUUCACCUCCUGUCCCACAUCCCCAUAGCAGUGGGCCUAGUGGAGCUGGACCCCGAGAACUGGGCGGCAGGUUUGGAGCAGACCAUGCUAAUCGUCCUCGUGCUGGGACGUUGGCUCAUGCCCAAGGGUGACAUGUCCCGCGACCAGCUGUCCCAGCUCCUCAUGGUCUAUGUGGGACUGGGAGCAGACAUCCUAGACAUCUUUGACACCUUCAAGGAGCCAGAAGUGAAAACCAACCGUGCUGUAAUCAUUGUAGGGCUGAGUCUCUUCUCCUGGGCUUUAAUGCAGUUUCCUCUGGUACUGACCCAAACAAGUCCUCCUAAGGACCAUGGAGAGGCCCAAAUGCCAGAAGACAGGACUGGGCCUCCGUUCCUGCCCUGGACGUCUUCUUCCUGCUGCUCCAGUGAGGUCUGGAGCCUCCUGCUCACCGUCGGGCUCCAGGACGGCCCGUUCUUAGUGUACCGCCUAUACCUUAUGAUCCGAGAGAAUGUUUUGAACCAGCUGAUGAUCUUCUUCACUUGCAAAAACAUCCUGAUUGUCAUGCUGGAGGUGUACAGGAUCUGUGUAGUGCAUUUUGAACUGGGUAGGCCUCUGGGUAGAGCCAGGUCACAAGACACACCUCAAAGACAAUUGGAAAAUGAAGUUGUGGAGCCCAGCUGUCAGGAGUAG